GAACUCUGACUUGUCUGAACUCCAAAUAAACACAUGAUGGCAAGCUUAACCCAGCAGCAAGUGAAGGAAGGUAGCAACCGCAUAGUAGCCGUCAAUGCCACCCCCUCUAACGACCUUCCUGCACCAUCUCAAUCUCAUCCCCAGAAACCUGGGUGGAAAAAGUUUUUGGCAUAUGUAGGUCCUGGCUUUCUGGUCUCCUUGGCUUACCUUGAUCCUGGAAACAUGGAAACUGAUCUGCAAGCUGGAGCUGACCACAAAUAUGAGCUGCUGUGGGUAAUACUUAUUGGACUGGUGUUUGCGCUUAUAAUUCAAUCAUUGGCUGCGAAUCUUGGCGUAACCACUGGCAAACACCUUUCAGAAUUAUGCAAAGCGGAAUACCCAUUAUUGGUCAAGUACUGCUUAUGGUUAUUAGCUGAACUCGCUGUCAUAGCUGCAGACAUACCUGAAGUGAUUGGCACAGCCUUCGCGUUGAACAUACUCUUCAAAAUCCCAGUAUGGGCAGGAGUUCUUGUUACUGGCUGUAGCACCCUCUUGUUUCUGGGUCUGCAGAGAUUUGGGGUAAGGAAGUUAGAACUGCUGAUAUCAAUGCUAGUUUUUGUAAUGGCUGGAUGUUUCUUUGGGGAAUUGAGCUACGUGAAACCACCUGCUUCUGGUGUAAUCAAAGGAAUGUUCAUCCCAAAACUCAGUGGUCAUGGAGCCACAGGAGAUGCUAUUGCCCUUUUGGGUGCCCUUGUCAUGCCGCACAAUCUUUUCCUCCACUCUGCUCUGGUGCUGUCUAGGAAAGUACCAAGUUCCGUGCGUGGCAUCAAUGAUGCAUGUAGAUACUUUCUCAUAGAAAGUGCGUUCGCACUGUUUGUGGCAUUUCUAAUCAAUGUUGCAAUGAUUUCUGUAACGGGAACUGUGUGCUCUGCUGACAAUCUUUCUGCAGAAAAUACUGGUCACUGCAGCGAUCUUACCCUUAACAGUGCUUCCUUCCUUCUCAAGAAUGUGUUGGGAAAGUCGAGUUCAACAGUUUAUGCUGUAGCACUGCUAGCCUCAGGACAAAGUUCAGCUAUCACUGGAACCUAUGCAGGGCAAUACAUCAUGCAGGGUUUCUUGGACAUGAGGAUGAAAACGUGGAUCAGAAACCUUGUGACUAGGUGCAUUGCCAUAACACCUAGUCUCAUUGUUUCCAUCAUUGGUGGUUCUGCAGGGGCUGGUCGGCUUAUCAUCAUUGCAUCGAUGAUACUUUCUUUUGAGCUUCCAUUCGCUUUAAUUCCACUGCUUAAGUUUAGCAGCAGCAGUAUCAAAAUGGGACCUCACAAGAAUUCUAUAAUUAUCAUUGUGAUCUCAUGGAUACUAGGCUUGGGGAUCAUUGGUAUCAAUGUGUACUACCUCUCUACUGCCUUCGUGGAUUGGCUAAUUCAUAAUAGUCUACCAAAGAUGGCGAAUGUGUUCAUUGGGAUCAUAGUGUUUCCUCUGAUGGCAGUUUAUAUUGGCGCAGUAAUCUACCUAACCUUCAGAAAAGACACUGUCAAGACAUAUAUUGAGACAAAGAAUGAACCAGCAAUGCAAACCCACAUGGAAAAGGGAUUUAUGAAUAAUGGUCAAUUAGAGUUGAGCCAAGUUCCCUAUAGAGAAGAUUUGGCUGAUAUUCCACUGCCACAAUAGGAGAAGGGGUUUUGUUCAUAAAUAAAAUGCAUCACCAAAAGAAGGGUUUUGCUCAUAAGCGUUAAACAUUGCACUGCUUUCAAUUCAUUCUAAUGAGCAACGAGACAGAUGAUGGCUGGCUCUCAAAAUGAUGGAUUGGAAGUGAAUGUAAUGUUUGGACCAUGAGAAUUCUCCUCUCAAAUUGUCACCAUGUGCUUGUUGUGCGUACUAAAUACAUAACUAUAGAUAAGUUUUUAUGUUAUUUUAUGUUGUAGAGAAAUUUAACCACUUCAGUGUAAGCCCCAGGACCAACAGGUCUUGAAAGUUUUUGAAUAAUAAACCCCAAUAGUAAGUAGCUUUGUCAAAUUUUACUUUGUAAUGAAAGGCGUGACUGAAAGCAAGAUGUUACAGUCUGUAAUGUAUUGUAUUCGUUGUAUUACAAUUUACAACCAUUUUCUCUGA